UUAACGUAUAUAACUAUGGACGCUAGUAUUCCCAUCGUAUCAUGCUCAACUCUUAAUACUCUUUUACGCAUUUUGAGAGUGUUUGCGUUAUUUCAGAGAGAUAUUUAAGCACAAUGAAGUAACAGUGCCAUCUGUGUACUAUAGCUACACAGUGCAUUUAGCUCGCUCGUAAACAUCUCUGCUGUCCUCAGAUCAUUGUCUGAGCAGAAGUUUCAUCAUUAGCCCUGGCUGUCAGAUGCUCUUCAUCUCAGAAGCUGUAUUUUUAGAUGCUUGAUAACAGAUAUAAGCGAGAAGAGGCUGAAUCCAAAGCCCGAGAGGAAGCAGAGAAACAGAGGAUCGAACGAGAGAAACACUUCCAGAAGGAGGAGCUGGAACGCUUGGAAAGAAAGAAGCGUCUGGAAGAAAUCAUGAAGAGGACUCGUAAGAGUGACGCAGGAGCACAGAAAGUUGUUAAAACUCCAACUCAAGUGAAUGGCAGAGUCACUGACAGCGAGAAAUCCGUCAGAAGCUCUUCAUACUGGUGCGACAAACUAAUCACCAAUGAGCUGUCCAAUCACAGUGGGAACAGUGGGCAGAGUCAACCGGCUGACCAAAUCAUGGCCUUCGAGGGAGGAGAACCGUUUAUGAUGAAGGCGGGGCCUAUGAAACCUCAACAUGUGGCAGAGGUGCUGUGAGAGAUGAGAUAUCAGAGUCUUCUGGAUAUAAAGAGAAGAAGAGAAGCCUUACUCCACCACCGCUUCCACCCUGAUGUGUGCCAAACCAACAAAAACAGACUGCUUUAACUUUAGAAACACAGCCGAGCCGGACGCGCUCUGGAGAAAGUGCCAGAAGACGACCUUAAAGAGACACUUAUAUACAUAUACAACGUUUGCAAAAAGUCUCUGUCUAUUUCACUGUGUGUGUCAUGGUGCAACAUUUGUUGAGUUUCUUUAACAAGUCACCUGUGGUGCAUCUUAAAAGAGUCGCUAUAUAUUGAAUUUUAGAAAAGACAACUUGGCUUAUCUUUAUGAUAUGAAUUGUUGUUGUUGUUGCUCUUGUUAUGAUGUAUUGUUAUCGUUCUUUUAAGUAGAGAAAAAAAGCAAACGUGUGUCUUGAACUAUUGCGUUAUUUAACGUGUGGCGCAUCAGAAGAGGCCGAUAUUCUGUAUGUUAAUGUAUAUUUGCCUGAUUAUGACAGACCUGUGAAUUAAAUCUUUAUGAAAGGG